CGUGACCUGUGUCCAGCUCUGGGUUUCGUGUGCACUUGUUGUGCGGAUGCCGGACAGGAGUCCGAGAUCAGGAUUAAACUAAACCCCAGGUGAUCUUCCAGUGAUUUCCUCACAGUCUGGGGUUCAGUACUCGGGAAGGAGUUCCUGCGGUGAUGUGGAGAUAAGGGAGAAGUUAUCCCCGGUGUGACGGAGUGUUGUGUUUGGUGAUGCUGAACUCCUGAGUGAAUCAGAACACAGAUAAGUGGUGAGCAGGAUGGAGGAGAGUGACCAGCUCCGGCACAAGUCUGUCCUGGAUGAGCUGACAGCAGAGGGCAUCAACAUCGAGGAUGUGCAGUACUCGACCCUGAGGGAGGAUCUGGAAUCUGAUGCUCGGGAUUUUGAAGCUCCCACGUGGAGUUUAUCUGUAGACCAGGAGUACGUGAAGAACUUCUCUAAAGAAGCGGUGAAGAGACAAGACGUCAUCCAUGAGUUGAUCCAGACGGAGAUAAACCACGUGCGGACGCUGAAGCUCAUGCAGGGUGUGUAUCUGCGUGAGCUGCGAGACUCGCUGCUGAUGGACGAGUCUCAGCUCCAGCGUCUUUUCCCUCGUCUGGACUGUUUACUGCAGGAACAUCAGAACUUCCUGCAGAAACUGAAGAAGAGACGCAGGGAGUGUCUGGAGACAGGAAGUGACAAAAACUACUUCAUCACUAACAUAGGAGACAUUCUUAUUGCUCAGUUCUCAGAUGAUCUCAGGAGCAGGCUGCAGGACAGUUACGGUGUUUUCUGCAGUCGUCACACAGAAGCAGGAACGUUCUACAAAGAACAACUUCAGAGCAAUAAAAAGUUCCAGAAUCUGAUCCGAAGGAUCGGUCAGCUGUCCAUCAUGAGGAGGCUGGGCAUUCCCGAGGGAAUCCUGCUCAUCACACAGCGCAUCACCAAGUACCCGGUCCUGGUGGAGCGCAUUAUUAAAAACACUGAAGAGGAAACAGAGGAGCACACAGACCUGGUAGCUGCUCUGGAGCGCAUCAAGGACACUAUCUCCACCGUGGACACGCAGGUCCAUCAGUUCGAGCAGCUGAGGGAAAUCGCCGCUCACCUCGAACCCAAAUCCAGCGGCAGGAUGAGCAACGGCAAGGUGUUCCGCAGAGAAGAUCUGCUCCAGAAGGACAGGAGGCGGCUGCGAGAGGGAGUGCUGACCUGGAGACCCCAUAACAGGUCCAAAGCGCUGGACGUCAUCCUGGUUCUGCUGCCUGAUUUACUGCUGCUCCUCCAGGAGAAAGAUCAGAAAUACAUUUUUGCUUCUCUGGAUGGGAAACCCGCUGUUCUUCCCCUGCAGAAGCUGAUUGUUAGGGAAGCAGCUCACAGUGACAGGGUUCUGUAUCUGAUCUCAGCGUCUGAUGUCCAAGCGGAUCUGUACGAGUUUCACACCUCCACUCCUGAAGAGAGGAGCAGCUGGAGGCAGAAGAUAUGGGAAACUAUCGAGAAAUGUCCACACGUGGAGGAGGAGCAGAUGGAGCAUGAAGAUAUUUAUCCUAAUAAACUUCGUGAAGUUCACGACCAGCUGUUUGAGAAGGACGCUCAGAUCGAGGAGAUCCUCAGGCAGAAGAUGCAGAUAUUUUCCGACAGGUUGGAGGUUCAGACAGAGAACGUGACUUCAGCCAGACGUCUGCUGCUGCGAGGUUCUGCUGCUGAGCUCCAACAGGGGGAGCUGCUGAUCAACAACGCCAUCAUACAGGCUGAGAAUUUACAGCUGCAGCUGAUUGAAGGAGAGAUGAACUUCAUUGCUCCAGCUGGAGACAGUGAUGAUGUGAAGCUGCAGAUAAAAUCACAGACCUUAUCUGCCUUUAACAGAAUGUCAAAAAGUGGUGAUGGAUUUCGGUCCAGAGAUCAAAGACCAAACUCGGAUCCUCAUCUCCGAGACCUUUACCUCGAUCCUCUGGAAUUAUCUGCUGAUGAUGAAGGCUGCUCCACUCUUCCUCCUCCUCCAGCACACAGAGUUAAAGCAGAGUGGACGGAGACUGCAGAUAAACUGAUACGGACACUGUACAGCCUGAAGGCGCUGGUCUCCCAGCAGGACACUGAGUUGGAGGUUCUGCGUGCGGCUCAGUCGGAGCGUGAUCGUUCGUCCCGUCAGCGUUUCAGCUCCAUCCAGGAUCAGGAGCGUCAGCGGCACCUGGAGAAGCAGCGUGAGGAACUGCUCCACAUGCAGAAGGUCCACACCAAGCAGCAGCAGGAACACGAGGCAUGGGCUCGUGAGCGUCAGAGGCAUCUGCUGAAAAUGCACGAGCUGGAGCAGGAGCUGAGCUGCCGCAUGGACGAGUGUACCAAGCAGGAGGUGUGGCUCAGCGCCGAGAGGGACGUCCUGAGCCGGAGCCGGGAGGAGUACCAGCAGGACCUGGAGCGUCUGAGGGAAAGUGCCAUCGCUGUGGACAAGGAGAGGGAGAAACUGGAGCAGGAGAUCAGACGCUUCCGCAAAUACAGGAAAAUCCACAACCAGGGUGGCACCUCCUACCUGGACAACACCUACACACCAAACAUAACAAAAGUAGGGAAA